AUGACAAUUGCCACCAUCUGGGUACAGUCUUGCAGCUUAAAGAAGGACCCGGCAACGGAAGUAAAGGCAGCUGCAAGUGUAGCGCAAAAGCCGGCAUUUAAAGGGGACUUGUAUCAAUGGCUCGGUGCUAAUAUGAAAUACCCUGAAACCGCAAGGCUGCAACAGAAAGAAGGCAGGGUAGUUAUCGGCUUUAUCGUGGAUAAGGACGGAGACGUCAAAGAACCUAAAGUGGAUAUCUCCUCCGGAGUUAAAGAGCUGGAUGAAGAGGCAAUGAGAAUAGUGCGCAGCAUGCCGCAAUGGACACCCGCAACCGAUCAUGGAAAGAAUGUAGCCGUCGCUUAUGCAUUGCCCGUCACGUUCAAAUUAGGUUAA